AUGCCGCUUUCUAAGCUUGGGCUAAGGAAUAAUGCAUACGGUUUGACCCAAACGGAGCUGUAUAGAAAUGUCGAUCGUGAAGACCCAAAGGAGAUUCUCAACGGCGUUGCAGUCUCUGGACUCGUCGGGAUCUUGCGUCAGCUAGGUGAUCUCGCUGAAUUUGCAGCAGAGAUAUUUCACGGCAUACAGGAAGAAGUUAUGGCUACAGCUUCAAGAAGCAAUCAGUUGAAGAUCAGAUUGCAGCGUAUAGAAGCUACAGUGCCUCCACUAGAAAAGGCAGUGCUUGCACAAACAACUCAUAUUCAUUUUGCCUACACAGGAGGUCUGGAGUGGCAUCCUCGUAUCCCUAAUCAGCAAAAUCACCUAAUUUACGACGAUUUGCCUCGCUUGAUUAUGGAUCCCUAUGAAGAGUGCAGGGAUCCUCCACGUUUGCACUUGCUCGAUAAAUUUGAUAUAAAUGGUCCUGGAUCUUGCUUGAAGCGAUACUCCGAUCCUACUUAUUUCAGAAGAGCAUCAAGCAACCUGAGUCAAGGAACCAAGAAGUUCCAAAGCAAUAACAAGAAUUGUAAAAUUAAGAAGAAGAAAUCUUCGUCAAGGAGUCGAGAUAUGGCACGUCUGGCCUCCAUGGCUAACCAGAGCGCCAGAAAGACAAUUGCUUCAUUUAGCUUCAGUGGACAAACCUCUUCUUCUCUUACAGCCUCAACCAGUGACAUGGAAAAAAGAUCUGAUCUGCAAGAUCAUCACUCUCACUCUUUUGAUUCCAGAAGUGGUUCAGGCUACAAUGAAUGCAUCUCAACCGCAACCUCUUCACUACGAAAACCGAAAGGGGUAUUCGUUUCAUCUAGCUUGACACCGGGCUCUUGCACCAUCGCUUCAGUCCUUUCUGAAUGUGAAACCGAAGACGCACAGGAUAGUUUCCAGUUUAGUCCUUCCCAUGGGCAAGCUGCUCGUGGUUCCUCUUGUGUUAGUUGGGAUGAGAAAGCAGAGAUAGUGGAACCUCUUGGUGUGCAGAAAGAUGAAGCUUUGGAAAUGAUGGAGAAGAACUCUGUUGUGGAUGCACUAGAUGAGAAAGCAAGCUGUGGAGAAGAGACUGGUAGAGUUGAUUAUGGAAACUCAGAAUCAGGAUCACAACAACAUACUGGGAUUGAUGAGGCAAGAGAGAUGAAAACCGGUUUGGAGUCUAUGGGAGAACAGAGGGAUAGUGAGCAUGAGACUGAAAGCGAAGGGGACUGUUUUGUUGAUGCGCUUAAUAUUAUUGAAUCAGAAUCUGAAAAUGAUCAAGGGCUCCAAACUAGUCAAGAAGUGGCCAGCAGUCCCUGUGGUGUUACAGACGAAAGGUUGGAAAAGUCAGUGUGUGAGCAAGAAGUAGAGUCAAAUUUCAACACUGUCGAAGGCUCUUGUCGACCAAUGGAUGAAGAGAAAUCUUGCGGUUUAGUGGAAACGUUGUCAUCUAUAAAUGUAUCUGAUGAAAUGAACCAUCAAGACCCAGGGUUGAGUUCAGAUAUAGCCUGUUCACCGCGCCAUGAUCCUUGUACAAGUAACAUUCCCGGUGGAGCUGAUUACAUGGCAUUCACAUUUGUUCCUGCUCUUGAAAACAGCUCAUCUAAUUCAUCCAACCUCUUGUAUCACAGUGACCUACAGGAACAUCAAAAAUCAGAAGCUAAAACUUCUAAUGACGUUGAAGCCAUUAAGUUAUGGACUAAUGGGGGUCUGUUGGGACUGAAACCAUCGAAACCUCAAGUUUUGGCAGUGCCAAGUUCUGUAAGUUCGGACUGCAAGACCGAUGAAAUGAAAGUUGGUUCUGCAGAAGCUGAAAAGGAUAAAUCAGGUUAUCUAUUGGAAAAUGCUUCAUAUAGGCAUGUUCUGAAUAAUUCAAGCUUAGCAACUCCAGGAACCCAAAAUCUGAUUGUUGCAGACCAGAGAGAGUGCCAUGAGACUUCGUCCGGAGUCUUUGGACUCAGCCACAAGUUACUCACUAAUGGCUUCCGCAGGAGAGAUUCAUUUCCUUAUGAUAGGCAGACUGUACCAGCAACCAUUCCAGAGAACGAUGAAGUAACGACAGAGAAGAGCCGAUCCAUUACUGAGAAAACCUUGAUGGAUCCCUUUAGAGACGAAGCUCCUAUUGAUUGGAUUACUUCGUCCCCACCUCUUCAACACAUGAAAAUAUCUCUCAGUCCCGUUGACACCCUUCAGGCUUCCAGGCUGAAGCUGAAAUUCUCUGAUGGGAACAACAACAACAACAACGAUACAUUUUCUUCCUUUCAGCUGCUUCCAGAAGCUGCUACUUCCUUUCCUGAUUCUUGUUCAGACGACGACACUUUUUGUAGAUCCUCUCCUUACAUGUCUGAUACUGAUUACCUCGGCGAUAAUCACUCCUUGUCAAAUUCUGAGCAGUGGGAAGAAUCCAGUGACAGCAAUGAAAGAAAAGAGCAAGAACUAUAUGAUUCUUUCCAUGAAAGUAGACAUGUCGAUGAACCUUCCUCUCUAGUGAUUGAAUCAGAAAGUGGUUGUGUAGACCUUUCUUACCUUCAGAAUCCUGCUGAGCCUUCACCACCGCCAUUUCCACCUGUUCAAUGGAUGGUUUCUAAGACCCACUCAGAGAAAGUUGAUGACAAAACACAGUCGUUACAACUACAAGACGCUCUCAGGUUCGCCUUUGAGAAGCAUAUUUCAUUGUCUCCAGUCAAUAAAGAACUGCCUAACAUUGUGACUUCUCCUCCUAAACCUGAACUUAAGGUCCAUCUGAAGAAUAAUGCCAGGGAGGAAAAACAGAAGAGUGCCAAGGAAAAAGAGACUGAAGCUGGAGACUUCUUGCAACAAAUCAGAACACAACAAUUCAACCUGAAACCUGUGGUUAUGACAACGACGUUAUCUGCUGCUGCAACAACUGACCCUGCAAUAAACACUAAGAUCAGCGCCAUUUUGGAGAAAGCAAACUCAAUACGCCAGGCUGUAGCUAGCAACGAUGGAGAUGAAAGCGAUACAUGGAGUGAUACGUAA